AUUGAUAAACUAUACACAAAGAUUUUACUAUCUCAUGAUGUUACAAAUUGUUAUUUUUCAAAAUUUCUUUUAGAUUUCACCAAAUACUAAGAAAAUAAACACAACAUGUCUUGUGAUUGGCCAGUCUUUCAGUGUUCUGUCGACUGUGAUUGGUUGUCGCCAGCGCUAUAUAGGAACACUGGAGCCCAGGGAGGGGACAUUAACUUGUAUCUACCUGAGGCCAUCACACCUGUCAACAGAUGAUGGAUAUCAAGUCAUCAUUUCAUCAGCAAUCCCAAGAGGCUGAAAAGCAGCAAACGGAAUCUGACCUCGAGAGUUGUGACCUUCACCCCAUAGAACCAGUCAAAUUGAGGCUACCCAACUACAUUCGCCACUCGAGUCCCUCACCACUCAGAUUUGCAGCAGAUGGAGCCUCCCCAUCCACAUCUGAUCCACCACCAGCAGAUGAACCACUUCUUCCCAGACCUGCAAUAUCUCCAAGGUGGCCAAGAUACAGAGUUUCAAGAUCUCGGCGUCUCUCUCGAUGUGAGAUUCUUGAGUCCAGUCCAACUCCCCUGAGACUGCAAGACAAAAUGCAACAUGUGCAGUAUCUCACCCGAUCUCGUACCAGAUCCCCAAGUCCUUCACUUUACAUGUUGACAAACCGCCAUCUUGAAUCAGGAUAUCUCACUCGAUCUCGAGUAAAGUUGUGGAAACAGCUAGCAAAACAGCCAUGUCCUGUCCACGGAAAAAUUAUUUGCAGGCAGCUUCCUCGUCAUCAGUCAACACCAAAACUCCAAUCUGGACACAUUGCCAACCAUCAACAGUCCCAGCACAGUCCUAUUUAUACUGGAGUCAGAAGAGAUCUCGGAAAGUUUUUCUCCGGUGGUGUUCAACACAAAAAUGGGCCUGCAGCUAAGUACAUUCCAACCCCACAAAGAUUGAAGACCAACUCAAAGAAAAUAGAAACAAAAUCAAGGAGGAAAAGCUUUCUCACCAACAUUAGAAAACUUGCCACCAGGUUCCAGAAGAGUGUUUCCAAAGCUAUCCACGGAAGGCAGACAGUGGAUGUGUGCAACUCCUCCAAUGUAGAGCAUGCCAGUGAUGUUCAGUGGGUGGAGCUUAACUCCAAGCAAAAACAAAAUUACUUCAAAGGUUCCACUGAGGACCUGGAUUCUAGUCGGCACAUCAUCAGAUGCUUCAAGGUUAAAAAGGUUAAGUUCAACAAACUGAAUCCUGCCAAAGCCCACAUCAGACGACUCAUGAAGGAGAAGCAGAAGAGAGCACUAUCUACUCCAGCCAGAGCCAAACGACUCUCCAUGCUGCAGUCUCCCAGCAAGAUGCCUCUUGAUGAGAUGCAUAAUGCAUCAAUAGAGACCAGUUCCACACUUCAACAAGAAGGAAAUGGAUUGGACCUGAAGAAAUACGGCAUAGUAGCAGAUCAUGUUCAGGGCUGUCCUGUUUCACCAUUACACCAGACUGUAAGAGUUAAUCCAUUGCCAAAACCUGUGUCACCUAAAAGACAUUCUCCGAGGUCAGAGAACCAGCUACCAAAGAUCCCACCAAUCAUCAUCAAGGAGACAGCUGUUGUAACAAGCAAAGCUAGCACCGAGAGCCAGAAAGUGUCUCCUCUCGUCAUCAGUAAGAUCAGAACUGUUAUUAAUCCCCUUCCUCCUCAGCAUGUGGACACAAGUAGCCUAGAGUCAUCAUGCAACACCUCUAGACAGACAGAGACCAGCAUCACAUCCUCCCAAUAUUCACAGGAACAGUCCAUCUGCAGUUCCCCCUCACUGUUCAUAAAUAAUAUUGUAACUCAGCCAAAUACUUUUGCAUCUACCACACCUCGUCGAAGGGACUACACAUGGAUCUCCCCAAUGAUACAGUCCAAAGUAGAUAAGAUUCUACAAGAGCCUACUUUUGAGCUGUUGUCUGCGUCUAGACAGACUUUGUCAUCUUCAACCACACUUCCACCAUUACAGCUGUCCCCAAUAUCACCAGGCAAUUCUCAGAGGCAACCAGUACUUCAACCAAUCCAGUCACCCACAACAAGGCAGCUACACAUGAAAGAAGAAUUAGCUGCUGUAGUGGCACACAUGCCACAAGCUGCUCAAAAGUCAUACAUGCCCACACUAUCAGUAUUCCCCACUAGUUCCCAGCACCAGUUCAUGGCAUCCCCAACCCAUCCAUCAUCAAGAGCAAACUCUGCAAGUCAGUCCAACACACCUUCAGUUAAAACAGGACACCAGAAAGUCUCAACAGCUUCACCCAUGAUUAAGCAUCAGCAAGUGCCAAACGUAUCAGCGGAUACAACCAAAUUUCAGCAAGUGCCAACAGCUACAACUAUGGGAAAACAUCCUCAAGUAUCCUCUGAUUCAGCAUCAUCCCUAUCUAAGACUGUGUCAUCGACUGCCAUGACUGGACCUCAACAGAUGCCACCAAAUCCCCAUCCAUCCUGUGAUACACAUCAGUCAGUUUUGGUAACUAGUACCAAUACGUCAGUGCAAGAGGAAGCUAGCAACUUCCUCAGAUACUUUUACAAGUAUGGGAAGACAAGGAAACAAAUGAAAGCCUUGGUUGCCAAAACAUUGAGUCAUCAUGCCUUGCGACGAGAGACCAGCACAAUCAUUCUCAAUCAUCUUAUCAAUGACAGUCCUUUGACACAAUAUGAUAUUCUGACCAUCCAGCUUUUUUUAUAUCAACAGAGGAAAAAACAGGAAGAUAACUCAAACCAACAAAGUAUAAACCCUGUAUCAUCUGACAGGACUUCUGCAGAAAAAACAAAAUUCAAUCAUUCAUUUUUCCAACCUUUAACAUCCAAGAAGUCUGAUGUAGCAAUGAAGACAUCUAGAGGGUCCUUUUCAUUAUAUACUCCAUCUAUGUCCCCUCUAGAGGCAAUGUCCAGUGAGCUGACUACGCAAACAUUAUCACAACGUGUUUCUCAGUCAUCCUCUCAGAUGUCAGACCCUAAUCAACAACCUUCAAAAGUGCUACCAUCUCUAGAGAUUCGUCCUCAUUUGUCUACCAAGCAACAAUUACAGUUGCCAGUGUUGCAAUGUCUUCCAACACAGCAGAUGACAUCACGGACAUCCCAACCCCAGCAGGUGUCUACAACAGUGCACCAACCUCAACAAAUCCCUGUUCAGGUAUCAUAUUUCCAGAAGACAUCUCAAAAUAUGUCUUCACAAUCCCAGCAGAUGUCAACACAUACAGUUUUGUCUCAGGUGUCACCACCUCAACAGAUCAUUCCAUCAACACCCAAUCUUGCAGCAUUCACCAUGAUGACUCCUUCAAAUUCAGCCAGUGCUGUACCUGUAAUGGAGAUAUCAGCCAGCUAUUCGAUGCCAAAAUCACCUAUUGCUCCUGACACUCAUGUUGUCCUACAUGAUGCAUCUUUUGCUGCUAAACCACAUCACCAGAAUCCACACUCAACUGACACUUCAGAUGUCCUACAAGAGGCUUACUCCAACCUUGAAGGAGCUAAUCCACACUCCAUCAACACUUCUGAUGUCCUACAGGGUGCAUCUUUUGCUGCUAAACCACAUCACCAGAAUCCACACUCAACUGACACUUCAGAUGUCCUACAAGAUGCAUACUCCAACCUAGAAGGAGCUAAUCCACACUCCACCAACACUUCCGAUGUCCUGCAAGAUGUGUACUCCAACACAGAAGGAGCUGAUCCACACUGCACAGACACUUCUGAUGUUCCACAAGAUGCAUCUUCCAACUUAGGAGGUAGUCCACACUCCACAACCACUUCUGAUGUUCCACAAGAUGCAUCCUCCAACUUAGAAGGAGCUAGUCCACACUCCACAACCACUUCUGAUGUUCCACAAGAUGCAUCCUCCAACUUAGAAGGAGCUAGUCCACACUCCACAACCACUUCUGAUGUUCCACAAGAUGCAUCCUCCAACUUAGGAGCUAGACCACACUUCACAACCACUUCUGAUGUUCCACAAGAUGCAUCCUCCAACUUAGAAGGAGCUAGUCCACACUCCACAACCACUUCUGAUGUUCCACAAGAUGCAUCCUCCAACUUAGAAGGAGCUGAUCCACUAUCCACAAACACUUCUGAUGUUCCACAAGAUGCAUCCUCCAACUUAGGAGGUAGUCCACACUCCACAACCACUUCUGAUGUUCCACAAGAUGCAUCUUCCAACUUAGAAGGAGCUAUUCCACACUCCACAACCACUUCUGAUGUUCCACAAGAUGCAUCCUCCAACUUAGAAGAAGCUAUUCCACACUCCACAACCACUUCUGAUGUUCUACAAGAUGCAUCCUCCAACUUAGAAGGAGCUAUUCCACACUCCACAACCACUUCUGAUGUUCCACAAGAUGCAUCCUCCAACUUAGAAGGAGCUAGUCCACACUCCACAAACACUUCUGAUGUUCCACAAGAUGCAUCCUCCAACUUAGAAGGAGCUAUUCCACACUCCACAACCACUUCUGAUGUUCCACAAGAUGCAUCUUCCAACUUAGAAGGAGCUAUUCCACACUCCACAAACACUUCUGAUGUUCCACAAGAUGCAUCCUCCAACUUAGAAGAAGCUAUUCCACACUCCACAACCACUUCUGAUGUUCUACAAGAUGCAUCCUCCAACUUAGAAGGAGCUAUUCCACACUCCACAACCACUUCUGAUGUUCCACAAGAUGCAUCCUCCAACUUAGAAGGAGCUAGUCCACACUCCACAAACACUUCUGAUGUUCCACAAGAUGGAUCCUCUAACUUAGAAGGAGCUAGUCCACACUCCACAACCACUUCUGAUGUUCCACAAGAUGCAUCCUCCAACUUAGAAGAAGCUAUUCCACACUCCACAAACACUUCUGAUGUUCCACAAGAUGCAUCCUCCAACUUAGAAGGAGCUAUUCCACACUCCACAUCCACUUCUGAUGUUCCACAAGAUGCAUCCUCCAACUUAGGAGCUAGACCACACUCCACAACCACUUCUGAUGUUCCACAAGAUGCAUCCUCCUACUUAGAAGGAGCUAGUCCACACUCCACAAACACUUCUGAUGUUCCACAAGAUGCAUCCUCCAACUUAGAAGGAGCUAUUCCACACUCCACAAACACUUCUGAUGUUCCACAAGAUGCAUCCUCCAACUUAGAAGGAGCUAUUCCACACUCCACAACCACUUCUGAUGUUCCACAAGAUGCAUCCUCCAACUUAGAAGGAGCUAUUCCACACUCCACAACCACUUCUGAUGUUCCACAAGAUGCAUCCUCCAACUUAGAAGGAGCUAUUCCACACUCCACAACCACUUCUGAUGUUCUACAAGAUGCAUCCUCCAACUUAGAAGGAGCUAGUCCACACUCCACAAACACUUCUGAUGUUCCACAAGAUGCAUCCUCCAACUUAGAAGGAGCUAUUCCACACUCCACAUCCACUUCUGAUGUUCCACAAGAUGCAUCCUCCAACUUAGGAGCUAGACCACACUCCACAACCACUUCUGAUGUUCCACAAGAUGCAUCCUCCUACUUAGAAGGAGCUAGUCCACACUCCACAAACACUUCUGAUGUUCCACAAGAUGCAUCCUCCAACUUAGAAGGAGCUAUUCCACACUCCACAAACACUUCUGAUGUUCCACAAGAUGCAUCCUCCAACUUAGAAGGAGCUAUUCCACACUCCACAACCACUUCUGAUGUUCCACAAGAUGCAUCCUCCAACUUAGAAGGAGCUAUUCCACACUCCACAACCACUUCUGAUGUUCCACAAGAUGCAUCCUCCAACUUAGAAGGAGCUAUUCCACACUCCACAACCACUUCUGAUGUUCUACAAGAUGCAUCCUCCAACUUAGAAGGAGCUAGUCCACACUCCACAAACACUUCUGAUGUCUUACAGGGUGCAUACUCCAGCACAGAAGCUAAUCCACACUCCACUUCCAAAGUCCAACACAAUUCAUCAUCUAACACAGAGGCAGCUACUCUACAACAUCAGGAUUCACAUCCCAUGACCACCAUCGGAUCAAUGGUAUCCAGGAACAGAGACAUUAAUACCACUACCUCUCCAGCAAUGAUCAUCCCAAGCCUCCAUGUUCAUCAGACUGAGCAGACUCUCCAUGACGAUAUCUUUGACACUCAAUUCACCUCAGCUCCAAAGUCAAGGAAGCGUUUAUUUACAGAGGGACCAGUUGCAGAAGACACCUAUUCACUCCCAAUAAAGAAGAGACGAUUCAGCUACUCAGACUACCUUGCACAGAACAGGGCAUGGACCAUUUCCAGCAUCAAAUCCAACCCGGAUGUCUGUACGCAAUGUGAUGGCAUCAACGAGAUUCUCCAAGACACUCCAGAAAACCUAGGUCGAAACAACAACCCCAGACCUUCCGAACGUUCCCCAGAGACCCAACUAUUUUCCCUCAUGUGUACAGUGAAUUUCCGAACAGGAGGAAAACCUCACCUGAUGGCCAAGGAUUUAGUGUGGAAGUUGUUUACCAUCAAACAGCUUUACGGCAACAGAUUCUACAGCCUGGACACUGAGGUGACCUCCAGGAUCCAAUCGAUUGUCAUGGACUGGACAGAUUGUGAUCAGGACCACUGGAACAAAAAGUGUGUGCCGUUCAUCAAUCAGGCCAUCCGCCGGCUGUUCAACGAGAAACUUCGCAAGUACGAGCAUCUCCUGAACCACAGGUGUGAAGAUCAUGUGACAUCCCCUUCCAAAGGUUCAGCCCUGGAGCCCAUGUGAAGUCAGUGUUCUAUAUACUCUUUUACCACUCCUUUGUGUGUGUGUGCGACUUGUGUGAAUUACAUCAAAGUAGUUCAUUACAGUUAUCAUGAAAUAUCAUUGUGUUGUUUGCAAAAAGACAUAAUUUCAAAAUUUUUAAUUGAGCCACAAUCCAAAUAACUGAUAUAAAAUAAAAUCAUGGGACAUUGCCAAUACUACUUUUAACAUGAACAAUCUAUGUGCAUUUCUUGUGUAAAAUUUGAACUGUUAGGAGUUUCAUGAAUUUAAUGAAGAACAUUGUGUUUUCAUACAAGUCUCAUUAUGUUUUGUAGUGAGGAUAUUUUUAUGAUGUCAGAUGAAAUGUAAAUAUGACACGAAGUUAUAUGCCAUUAGUUCCCGCAAUUUCCUAAAUUGAAUUAUUUAUUCCUUUAUGUCAAAAGUCAUAUGCUAGUAGUUACCGUAAUUUCCUAAAUCAAAUGAAUUAUUUAUUCCAUUAUGUCACUAAGUUGUGUGCUAGUAGUUACCGUAAUUUUCUAAAUUAAAUGAAUUAUUCAUUCCAUUAUGUCACCAAGUUGUAUCCUGAGCCUAGUAGUUACCGUAAUUUCCUAAAUUAAAUGAAUUAUUUAUUUCUUUAUGUCACUAAGUCAUAUGCUAGUAGUUACUGUAUUUUCCUAAAUUAAUAAAUUAUCUAUUCCUUUAUGUCACCAAGUUAUAUUCAAGUAGUGACUGAAAUUUUCUAAAUUAAUAAAUAUAUUUAUUCUUUAUGUCACCAAGUUACCUUAAUUUCCUAACUUGAUAAAUUAUUUAUUCCUUUAUGUCACUAACUUUCCUACCUCGAUAUAUUAUUUAUUACUUCAUGUCACUAACUUUCCUAACUUGAUAAAUUAUUUAUUCCUUGAUGUGACUAAGUUAUAUGCCAGAUGUUACCUUAAUUUCCUAAUUUGAUAUAUUAUUUAUUCCUUGAUGUGACUAAGUUAUAUGCCAGAUGUUACCUUAAUUUCCUAAUUUGAUAUAUUAUUUAUUCCUUGAUGUGACUAAGUUAUAUGCCAGAUGUUACCUUAAUUUCCUAACUUGAUAUAUUAUUUAUUCCUUGAUGUGACUAAGUUAUAUGCUUGUAGUUACUGUAAUUUUCUAAUUUAAUAAAUCAUUUAUUCCUUUAGCACUAUGUUUUUUUUAAGGUCACCUGAUUCAUUCAGGUAACAUUUACAUUUGGUGGUCGUCUGUUAACAUUUGAACAUACAUGUACCCAACUUCUUCUCUGAAGUAAAUGACCAAUACAUGUAUUCAUCAAAUUUAGUAUGGAACAUAUUUAGGGUAAGGUAAACUAAAAUUGUGAAUUUCGUAAUUACUGCACCCCUAUGCCAGGGGGCCAAUACCUUCAAACUAAAAUGCUUUCUCAAAAAAUCCAAUUUAUUCUGGGACAAACAUGAUGAGCAAGGACACCUGUACCAAAUUUGUGAAAUGUGUUCCCUGGGCCAGGGGUUCUGGUGCUAGGAUAGAAUUUGUGAAAUGUGUUCCCUGGGCCAGGGGUUCUGGUGCUAGGAUGGAAUUUGUGAAAUGUGUCCCCUGGGCCAGGGGUUCUGGUGCUAGGAUGGGUUUAAAUCAUUCUUCAAAUAGUGAGAAUGCAUUAUUUCUUUAAAAAUAAUAGUGAAAUCGAGUACUGACAAAUUGAGUGAUUAUAAGAAGAGAGGUCUUUGCCAACAUUGUUAAAUUUAUGGCCCCUGGGUCAUGACAAGUAUUUAAGGCUUCAGAAAGCUGAAGAUGUGUUAUUCAAAAAAACCUGCUCAGAAUUAAAAUCAAAGAGUAUAUAGUAAACAUAGUACAUCUCCACAAGCAAAUUAAUAAUCUCUCUCAUUGAAUUGUUGCUCUAUUUCAAAGUGAACAUGAAUUCAUUUCACAAAAAAUCAU